GUUUUGCUGUGGUAUAUUUUGUCAUUAUGAGAUGUCGUCUACCAGUGCUUCAUUUGUGCAAAUUAGAUUUGAUGACUUGCAGUUUUUUGAGAACUGCGGUGGAGGGAGUUUCGGGAGUGUCUACCGAGCGCGAUGGAUUUCUCAGGACAAGGAGGUGGCUGUAAAGAAGCUGCUCAAAAUAGAAAAAGAGGCAGAAAUACUCAAUGUGCUCAGUCACAAAAACAUCAUUCAGUUCUACGGAGCUGUCAUUGAACCUCCAAAUUAUGGCAUAGUUACAGAGUAUGCUUCUGCUGGCUCACUGUUUGAUUACAUUAAUAGUAACAAAAGUGAAGAGAUGGAUAUGGAUCAUAUCAUGACCUGGGCAACUGACAUAGCUAAAGGAAUGCACUAUUUACACAUGGAAGCUCCAGUCAAAGUAAUCCACAGGGAUCUGAAGUCCAGGAAUGUUGUUAUAGCUGCUGAUGGCGUGUUAAAGAUCUGUGAUUUUGGUGCCUCAAGGUUCCACUCCCAUACAACACACAUGUCAUUAGUGGGCACAUUUCCAUGGAUGGCCCCAGAAGUUAUCCAAAGUCUCCCGGUGUCUGAAACAUGUGACACAUACUCGUACGGAGUGGUUCUCUGGGAGAUGCUAACAAGGGAGGUCCCCUUUAAAGGCUUGGAAGGAUUACAAGUAGCUUGGCUUGUAGUGGAAAAAAACGAGAGAUUAACCAUUCCAAGCAGUUGUCCCAGAAGCUUUGCAGAACUGAUGCACCAGUGUUGGGAUGCUGAUUCAAAGAAAAGGCCAUCUUUCAAGCAGAUCAUUUCAAUCCUGGAAUCUAUGUCAAAUGACAGCAACCUUCCAGACCAGUGUAACUCAUUCCUGCAUAACAAGGCGGAGUGGAGAUGUGAAAUUGAGGCAACCUUAGAGAGACUAAAGAAACUGGAGCGUGAUCUGAGCUUUAAAGAGCAGGAACUAAAGGAACGGGAGCGACGUUUGAGGAUGUGGGAGCAGAAGUUAACCGAACAGUCCAAUACUCCUUUUUUCUUACCUCUUGCUGCAAGAAUGUCUGAGGAGUCUUACUUUGAAUCUAAAACAGAGGAGUCAAACAGUGCAGAGAUGUCAUGUCAGAUCGCAGCAACAAGUAACGGGGAGGUAGCUGGCAUGAACCAAAGUCUGAAGGCCUUGAUGAUGACGGGCUUUGGGGAUAUCUUCUCUCUGAACCAAGCAGGAUCUGUCCUGCAUUCUGGAAUGCAGAUAAACAUGCAAGCCAAAAAGAAUUCUUCUAAAACCACCUCUAUGAGAAAAGGAAAGAAAAUCAACAUGGCUUUGGGUUUCAGUGAAUUCGACUGGUCAGAUGACGAUGAUGAUGAUGAUUAUUUUGAUGACACAGAUGAUAGCAGCGAAUGAAAUCAGUUAUAGAAUUAACCCUGAAAUCGGUUUUAGCAAAGCAAAACAAUAAAGUUUUAGAACAAGAAUCCUGUCAGUUUGGUCUGUUCAAAUCCUGUAAAAGAAAAAAAAAAAACCAAAAAAAGUGAGACAUUUUCCAGGCUGAGCAUGUUUGUGUGUAGAAAGACAUGUUGUUUUUGUUUAGAUUGCGCUGACUUAUUUCUGCUUUGAUGAAAUUUGGAACUAAACUUUCCAAACUAAUUGAGAUUAUUAUUAUUUUAAGAACCGUGAUUAUAUCUAUAAUUCUUGAUGCCUGAUUACAGAAACUAUGGCUUCAUAAACUUAAGAUCUGAAAACAUUGGGGGAAACUUCAAUGCCUUUAAUGCCAUUAAUGUACUUCAAAUUUUUCUUUUGUGUUUUUUGUCAUUUCCCUUACCCCUUUAAUUGUCAGUCAUAUGAAUAUACUUGUACUUCCAGAUUUGCUAUUCUCUACAAUCCAUUCUUUCUUACUGUUGCAGUGGAGGGGUUUGCUGUGUUUCUAAUUUAAAGCCUUUUUCAAGGCGGCAUUGUGGGAAGUCACAAAUACGUUUCUAGGAAGAGAGAAGCUUGGUUGAGGGGAAGAGAGGGGUUAGUUGAAUACACAGUUUAAAAACUGAAUAGCAGCAGAAUCCAGAUAAUCCCUAUUAGUAGAUGAUUUGUAUAAAUGUUCUUUUUUCCCCUCACGUGUAUGUGCAUGUGUAUAUAAUUCACUCUAGCAAAGCGAACUGCAAUCAGACCUCUGCAUCUAUUAUCAGAUAUUGUGAUCUAGAAGCUAAUUUUCAGUUAUGUUGAUGUAAAUCCAGGAAGCCUCAUUAACUUUGAUGGACUUAUUCUUGUACCUCAGAGUAAAAAUCGGUGUUAGUAAAUUUUGAUUCUGUUGCAUCUCCUAAACUGUGUGUGCUACCCCUAUGAAAGGACAAAGAGCAGCCACAAUGACAUUUCAGCUUGGGCCCUACUACUGUGGCUUAUGUGAAAUUCUCUGUGAUGGUGGUAACGUGAGGAAUGUUUACUAGUCUCUGCAUACCUGUUUUUUGCAGCUAAAUCACUUUUAAAGUAUUGCCACUGCUGUUACGACUUACCGUAAAACUCAGUGUGUAACAAUCUGCUGCAAUAAUUGCCUGCCAGGCACUUAUGUUGAGAGCAGCAAGUACGUUUCUCCUGAUGACCCCUUUAGUGGUGAUGCAGAAGGAGGGAGGGAAACCAGUGCAAACACAAAUGCAGGUUAGAAAGGAAGAUGUAAAAUAUUUGCCCAAGGAAGAAGGGCAGCAUUUCAAAAGAAAAAUGUUACUGUCUAGUUCAGCUGUAGUGGGGAAUAAGCCAUCAAAAUUCCAUUCGCAAUUACUGGAGGGGUUUCUUUUUAUAAAAACUUCUGGUUUUGAGUGGCUUCUUUAAUUAUAGGCUUGCCUGUUACACAGCUCUAACCUACAUAUUAUAGUGUUUUUGUAGAUAGCUUAGAGAAAAAUGGAUACAUUAGAUAACAGCAGGCCUGAAAUCAUUACAUGUUCACUCAACAAAAGAGAAAGUUCUUUGAAGGAGUUUUUCUAGAGUGACGAGUGGGCACCUCUUUGGGUUGUGAGAGAGAAUUGUUUUAUCCUUAAGCAUCAGCUCUGGUCUGGUAACCUGCAAGGCAGCAAGUGCUGCGCUUUGAGCUAGCCUACUCCAGUAAGUUUGCACAGGACUUGACCCUCCAAGAUGCUUAAUUUCUGUAGGAUGUCAUUCCACAUUCCACCUUCUUCCUAACAGUUGCAAAUCCAUUGGCUUGAAGUUAACCCUCUUGUAUCAGAAGCUUUUCUCAUGGUAGAAUUGUAAUUUAAAUGAUGUGGUAAGUUUAUGGACUAUCCCAAGGAGAAACUUGUUCCUUCGGCACAGGUAGGGAUGGCUUCUUAGGUCCAUCAAAGCUACCUGAUUUUAGGGAGAAAAAGGGACAUUGAAGGGCAAAUGAUUAAAUGGAAAUAAGAGCAAAUAGUCUGUUUCCAGUGCAGAUUUGUACUAUUUUUGUAAGUCUACGUCUGUUAACACCCACAGCAAUGAUACUAUUUUUGUAACUGCCACUUUGCACCCAGGAAAAUUUGAUGGAUUUGUGUGAUCUAAUAUGUGCACUUUAGAUCUUAAGAUGUGUGUCAUUGUGCAUGAAUUACUCUACCACAUAAGCAGUGUAGGGUUACACAGCUUUAACUGAAAAUGAAAUUUGGUUCAGUACAUUCAGUAUUCAAAAAACAAAAAAAAAUCUGUCCCUAGCAUUGAUGUUUUGCACUUUUCAGCAUCUGACAAUCUCAGAGCACUUCAUGCACAUUUAUAUUGGCAUGGGUUUUAACUGAAUUUGUAAAUCCAUUCCUUUAGCUUUACAGAAGUAAAAGUAGUCCUUAAGUAGUGUGACACAGGGUUUCAUAGUUGCAAAAUCACAAGAUUUAAGUCUGUCUUCAAGGUUUUGUGCUUACCCAGGUGUGUAACUUAUUUCAGCAAAAUAUCAUCAGAAUUUGGUAGCAUGCUCAUAGGAAGUUCUGCUAUCUACAUAGUUCCAGUAUUUUUUAAUGAAACAAAGAUGGAUUUUUUCCUCCCUUCCCCUUUCUUUCCCCAUACAUUAUUUGUCAAAGCAAAUUCAGCUAUAUUAAGGAAAAAUUUAAACUCUUGUAAAACUUACCUGUGUGUUCACAAUAGCAAAGGUGGUCUCUGAAUUGUAGAGAAGGUGAUAACAUACGACAAACUCUUCUAAUGCAGUUCCCUUGAGAUAGUGUUAUACUUAGGAUAUUGGCUAUGCUUAUUAGAAAAAUAACGGUAUUGAUUGCAUUUUUACUUUCCUGUGAUGACUUUCAUACCAGAUGUCUCCAGUUUACAAGCCAAAAAUCAUAUGUGAGAAGCAAGCUAUGUUGCUUCUGCCUCUGAUAUGCUUCCUACGAGAUAAAGGUUUUGAAAGUCGCUCUGGUGGGCAGGUAUGUUGGUUGGAGGAGGUCAGAGUAUUUCAUCUUCCACACCUGAUUUUGCUCUGCAGUGCAACCCAGUCUGUCUUCUACCUGUAUCAUCACCAGGGCAUAAUCAUCUCCACAACAGUCCACAGCCACGUAGUGUGUCAGCUUAGGAAAGCAUUAACCAAACCCAGAAGGUGUUUCUCUGGCUGCUCUGGGCUGUGAGCAAAGCCACCAAAAGCUUUCCCAUGCCUCGUACACCUCUCAGCUCACUAGUCCCCACCAGGCCUUUUGGGAUCCCAGCUUUCUCUACCUUCCAUAAAACCCUGGAGGUACGUGCAGUAAAAUGAUUAUGCUGCAUUUGACAAAGGGGAAAGGUAAGAACCAGGCCUGAACUUCUCGGUUUUACCAGGCUGUUGUAUUACCAGCAUUGACUUAGAUGGGUAAAUGGCACGAGAGAAGAAUGGUGAGGGUCAGCUUUUGGCUUGCUUAAAGAUACAGGGUGAGCUGGGACCAAGACAGGAUGUCCAACUCCCAACUCCCUUUCUUUUCCUUCAGCAGUGGGGAAAAAAUGGAAGGGGGAAUUAAUGGAGGAAAACUUCCGAUCGAGUCAUUUUUGUGACGAUCACACCACUAAUUCCUUGGACUAGCAAGUGUCCUAAGGUACGGUAUGUAGGUGUGCUGCAUCCCCAGCUGGUUGUGUGCUGCUUGACCUGGAGCUUGUCCCCUCUAGAUGGGAAGGGCUUUCAGGAGGUGAGGUCUCACACAGCUCCUUGUCACACAGUCAUGUUCUUGACUUGUCAUUUGUUUAUCGUUCCAGCGGUUUUGUUAGAUGUUGAUUCCCUUUCCUUCUGGGUUUUAAAGUGGUUAUUCUGCGUUAAAUAUUUGAUGCAAUGAUGAUUUAUAUUGCCAUCAGCAGUAGCAGUAAAUCCGUAGUGUGCAUAUAGCUGUUAAGUAUUCAGCAGCGUUACUGUGUGUCUUUAGUACUGUAGUUCCUUUUUCUGUAAUCAGGCAGCUUUUACAGGUUUUUAAUAAGACCUCUAACUUGACAGAGGUUUUAACUACAGUCCUAGGUAGAACGUUCAGGUAGAAAAAUAAGUUCAUUUAGUAAUUUUCACAGCCCUUAAAAUGCACUAAUAGGAAUCUGGAGGAGAGACCUUUCCCUUUUCCCCCAGACUUCAACUUAGUGUACACUGUAAACUCUGCACAGAGAUUUCUGAUGUGUGAAGAUUUAAUUUUAAAACUGUAGAACCAACAACCUUCUUUAAAAAUUUUAUAUUGUGUGCUAAAUAUUCAUAUGCCUUUUAAAGUCAGAUAUAGUCCACUGCAUUUCUUGCUUUUGCACUACUAAAGAAAUUUUGUACUGAAUACUAGGAGUAAAUGCUAAUUACACUUCAAGUGUGAACCGAUUGAAUUUGAAUAGAAAAUAUUUUCACAGUGUUAGAAAACUUCUUUUUCCCUUUUGAAAGAACAAAGCUGAGCUCAACGCCUGUGCAAAAACUCUUGUGCUGUAAACUGAAUAUAUCAUUUAUGUGGAACAUGCGAUGUUACACUUCUGUGUGGUAAAACCUUGCAGUGUCAGUUAUUCUCUUUAUUGCACUUGACAUAUGAUGUCUUGUUUUAUUCACACUGUGGAUUUGACUUUUCCAGUGUAAAACCAAAGCAAACAAACAAAAAGAAAUCAUGCAAUGUAUUCAAUUUCCUCAAUUGGUGUCAUAAACUUUCUUUUGAUGUGAACUUUUUCCUCUGCUUCUCUUUGUUCCAAACUUCUAUUUUGCAAUAAACAUUUUGACAGUAAAUUU